UUUUCUAAACAGAUUAUAUUUGAAAACGAACUCUAUGAGUUCGCACCCGAUUCCUAUUUUCCAAAUCAAAGAGAAAUUCAUUUCAUGCGUGAAUCUGUUUGAGCAAACACAAAUUUCUAGUUUAUUUCGCAUCCAAAAUGUUGAAGCCAAAUUUUGUUUUUGUUUUGGCUGUCGGAUGCCUGAUCGGCGCACAGCUACACUGUUCUGCAGCUCUUCCACGAGGCGAUAGGGCACCAAAAGUUUUGGUUGCCGAAAAGAAAUCGGCCGAUAAGACUGUUAUGAGUUUAUUUGGGAAUAAAAACCAAGGCCAUGCGCCGCACACGAAUGACACCGUCAGUAAGGUGAAAGUCGGAACACAGACCCCAAAGGUGAGCUUAACAACGGAGAGCAUAGCUCAGGGUCCGACUACCAGUCCUGGUACAGGCGUUAAACCAAGUCAAGGCGGUGCCGGCGGUGGGGUCCUGGGAUUUAGUGAAAGUAAACUCAAUCGGGAUGGUAUCGAGAGACAAGAUGAUGGUGAUACUGCUGGAGGUGCUGGAGGUGGUGAUGCUGCUGGAGGUGCUGGAGGUGGUGCUGGUGCUGGAGGUGGUGAUGGUGGUGGUGCUGGUGCUGGUGCUGGUGCUGGAGGUGGUGCUGGUGCUGGUGCUGGAGGUGGUGCUGGUGCUGGUGCUGGUGGAGAAGGUCCUACAAAUGCUAAUGCAGGAGGUGCUGCCGCCGGUGGGGGUAAUGCCGUCCCUCCUGGUGCUAAAAUUUCUCGGAACGGACUUCCACGAUUCAUCAAAGAUAGCAAGGGCAACUGGGUGUACAACCAGUGGGGCGUUACCUAUGGAAUAAUUGGCCAAGACACUCGCUUCGUCGUCGGACAGACCAUCCAGGCUAACAAAAUCGACUCCAAUGCCCAGAAAAAUUAUUAUCCAGAUGGCCCCCUCUCCACGGUCUGUGCAAGCGCAUCGACAGUAUAUAAUGUGCCCAUUGUCAGGAAUUGGCUGGUGCGUAAGGUCUAUAGUUACCCAAUCAAAAGUCGACCCAUUUGGAACGAGCUGCGCAUGCACAUCUAUAAGUCGGGCAAUUCCGAGGAGUGCCACGACGUAGCCAAGUUCAAAACAUGGCGGGAGUAUCAGGAGUGCGCAAUCAGACGUAAUAUGCGCCUGGAUUCCAUUAUUCCAAUGUAUCCAAUGCACCAAAUGGGCAGCGGAUUCUAAUACCAUGCAGCCAGAACAUCUCAAGUCAGAUCGGUCGGUCAGUGUGUGCAUAGAGUCUAAAUGGAUUGCAACUUUUACCUCCGUCUUCGCCCGUAUUUCAUGCUAUGCCUUAAUGUAGUAUACAUAUGUGCUAAGUACUGUCCAGAAUACAAAUUAUAGAAUAUAAUGUUGAUCCAGCCAAAUAUACAUAUGUAUAUGUCAUA